AUGCCGCCUCCCCCAUCACGCUGCCCUCAGCCCAGAAUGUCAGCGUCGGUUGAAACGCCAAAAGUGAAGACGGGCGGCCAAUGGCCCGUUUCCUCAUCAAAUGCGACUGCCGGCCGGCUUGCCUCCACAUCACGACGGUCACAGGAGGAAAAAGCAAUGGCCGCAUACGAGUGCAAUGUGGCCAUAUGCGCUGCCUCCAGGACGCGGGGUAGCUGGGGGACACGUUGCCCAAAGCGCUCUAGCCUUUCGGCCCGCUCUUACCUGAUCGACCUGUACGACCAGGAACUCCACAAUGCAGACGCGCCGCCGCUCAUCCAACAGCAACACGGCCUGCCCAUCGCAACUCCUGCUCCUGCUCCUGCUCCUCCAAAAGCAAUGCGUCUCGUAUACCUGCAACACUGUUUUUUUGCGCUUCCGUGCACAAGCAUUCGUCAGCUCGAACCAGGUUCGCUUUCUCUCUCGCUUCUUGCUGCGGCCGGCACUGCAUGUGGCUUGUCCCCAUGGCCCCCGACGCGCAUCACAGCAGCCUCAUCUGACCAACGACGUGGUCCGGCGUUUUCUCGGCAAUCUGACAUUGCUCACUACACUGCGCCCUUUCGAUUAUGCAGUCGCUCAAACUAUAUGCAUUGACGACUGCAACUGAUGAGCCUGGUGGCGAUCUCCACGACGCCAUAUCUCGGCUGCGCUUACCACGCGCGGUGCGCUACACUACGGUAGUAUCUAUUAAUGCGCUUGUCACAGCGCU